UAGAGAGUAAGGCGCAUGUGCGGAGUAAGCUUUUCGUUCCCUCCAGCAACUGUUUCCCGUCCAGAUGUUCCCCACGGACUUAGCCGGACCGCUAAGAAAGGAGGACGCUUCCUAUCCGCCGAGAGCUGCUUGAAAUGGCGUGGUGAGCUCUCGAGGAGUCCUUCUGGAAACAAGGAGACAUCUGCCCACGCAUCCAGUUUGUGCUUGGCAAUGUCAUCCCCUCUUUCCACCUAUGCCUUACGGAUGGCCCGUCUAAGUGCACGGAUUUUUGGAGAAGUCGCUCGUCCUACGGACUCAUCCUCCAUGAAAGUUGUGACGCUUCUAAGUGAGAUACCCAGGGCAAAGCAGAAGGAAGUUUAUGACUGGUAUCCUCCUCACAAUGCCUACCACGGCCUCAUGCGGAAGCUUCGUUUCUAUGGCCUUUACAGAGAUGAACAUGAAGAUUUCAAAGAUGAGAUGAAGCGACUGAGAAAGCUCCGUGGGAAAGUACCCCCCAAGAAAGGAGAAGGAAAGAGAGCUUCGAAGAACAAAUAGAGUCAUCAUGAAAACAGUGUAUUUAAUAAAACAUCUUGGAACAAA